AUGGCUGUCAACUUUGAAAUUACAGGUUACUCAGGCAAGAAAGAAAUCUGUACAACAAUUCCUAAAUAUAAAGAAUCGGCAAAUUACUUUGAAUGCCAGAAGCCGGUUAUUGGGAAUAGAUUGGAUGUCGACUUGAAAAGUCGUCGCACUUUUGAAAUUUGUGAAGUGGAGGUUUUUCAGACAAAGACAGGUAAGAAUGCGCAAUUUUUACUCUUUUUCCAACAGAUGUUUCUUUAUGAAUCAAGAUACCCACGACUGCAAACGUUUGAAAAACUUUGCGAAAUACCUGAAGUUUGUAUUAUUACUUUAUAGAUCGACCAUUUGUUCGCUUGUUUCUUAGUAAUAUUUUGAUUCUAUUUUCAGUAAACUUAGCUGCAAAGCGUCCUGCGAAAGCAUCUCAAGAUAACGACAAUGCAUACAGAGGCUGUGAUCAGAAAAUAGGUAUUGUAUUGUUUUGUACGCAAAUGUGCAUUUAUUUACAGACUUUUUGUCAUAAUAAGUUAUUUGCUUGUUCAGUAUUUACUAACCUUGUUCGUCUAAUUCUUUCUUUCGUCGCAGACAAAUCGUUCUCUAUCAACGAAGAUCAUGUUUCACUGUGGUGGCGUGUAGACUUGAUAGCAGUAUGCAAAGUUCAUUUGGUGCGAAUUGUGACAGCGACAGGCUACAAACCGGCUGACCUCAAAGGUUUAAAAGUUCUAGGCAAGUUAUCGAAUACGUGUGUCAGACCCCUCUCUCAGGGCAACUUGAUAUCUUAUUCUUCACGACGAAAAAGUCAGAGCACCCUCGCCACAUGCCCUCUGACGAAUUCUUCUUGUGAAUGAAUCUUUGGUAUUUCCACAUUGACAGGAGAUGGAGCUGAAGUUGGCAGUCUGGAUUCUCCAACAGCAGAACCUGUCCAGACUAUAAUUCCUCCAAAGGACACCAGAAAGAGGACUGUCAGCCUCCUUUUUGAAAAAUUUCCCGCCAAACUCCAGUUCCGUGAGGUGGAAAUUUACAAUGGCCCGUUGUUAGGUAAUGAUAUACAUAUCAAAGCAAUUUUGAUGAUUGAUGUUAAAAGCUGUACCUUUACUUGAGCGCCGUUUGAUGCAGAGCUAUUUAUGGAAUAAUUUUUCUUGAAUUUUUGGGCUUUAGUUGUUCUUUCAAGAGGUCUGGUUAUGGCAUAUCAGUGUUGGUUCAAUAAAUAGCCAUUUUGUGAGAGUUUUGACGCGUUAGGCGGCGAAGCCACGAGAGUCUUGGAACGGAAAAAUAAGUUUCUCCACUCAAACAUCUUCUCCACUUUGUCUGAGCACCUACGCCUGGAGUUUCAUCAAGCACCCAAAAAACCGCCAGCAACGCAAGCUUUUAAUACUGCUAGAAAUGUCCUUUAUCACGAAAAUAUAAAUCAGUAUUCCCAUGCUAUGCCUUUCGAGUUUUUUUUUUUUACGUUUUCUAGUUGUUGAUGUCUGUAAAAAGCCUGAUAUUUGUGGCGACAAUUACAAAUGCGUGAAUGGGAAAAAAAUUCAUUCGUGUAUUUGUCCGAGUGGAUUCCAAAUAACAGGGAAGUAUAAGAAAUGCAAAGGUAUGUGAAGCAAUAAGCGGAUAUUUGUUUUGCUCUGAUGAUUUGAAUUCUUCACUAUGACUGAAUAUCAGAAAUAUUUUGUUUGUUUCAAACGCGAUAUUUUAAUUUAUGAAACCUUUUUCGUAUCAGCUCCUCGCAGUGACUGCUCGCUCAGUCUCGAUUUAGUAGAUUGCAAAUAUUUAACAUUUGUUUGCCGAAGCGAAGUGAAUUUUGUUGAAUGAUUCCCGAAACAAAGUCAAGGAGAUUAUUCAACAAUCUUCACUAAGCCUCAGACGAAUAGGUGCUUUAGUAUAAUUUCUAAAUAAGGUGCUAUUGAAUUAUGUUGUAAAUUCGUGAUGUAAAUUGAAAAUUAUAAAUUGUGCCACAAUAGUUCUGAAUUCAGUUUUUCCUAGAAUUUAACAGGUUCAUUUUAUUCCAUCAGCCAAAAACUACAUAUCUUUCUUUUGUAACGUGUAGCGCCAAAUGUUUUAGUAUCUUUUUCGCUCUUUAGGUGUGUAUUUCCUUUCUAUUACGUAUGUCACCUCCAUUGACAAAACACGAGAUAGCAAUUUUGACAUAAUCACCUUACGCGAAGCAAUUAUAGCGAGAUAUGACUCAAUCUUCGACCAAUCAGAGCGCGCGCACUCCUCUGAUCACCGGAGUUGUUGUUAGUAUAUUCCACACGGGUGAAUAGUGCUUUUCGCGUGGGUUUGCUGGCUUGUUCUGAGGUGAUUAGCAAGAACUAUUUACCUUCGGGCAGACGACGAGAUAAAAUCGCUUGUCAGAAGUUAAAUUUCUGACCAAAUUCGGUAUUUUUGCUACAAAUCUAAUAUGAAUAUUUGGCUCCACUUCGAUGAAUGCUUGUUAACCAUAAUAGCGUGCACGACGCCAUAAAAGACAUGACGUAUAUACUCAUAUACCAUAAACAGUUAGACACACUCAUUCAAUACAACUGAGGAGGGAGGGGUUGGGCAACAUACUUGAAAUGCCCAGAGUCUUUUAAAGAAACCUUAUUAAUUUUUACAAACAGCUUCAAUAGCUGCAAUUUUUUUUUCUAACUUCAGUAGUUUUCCGUUUUAAAAUUCUUAGACAUCGACGAAUGCGCUUCUAAAAGUGCAUGUGAUCAUGAGAGGCACGUGAAGAACUCUUAUUGUAAGAACACCGCUGGAUCAUAUGAGUGCUCGUGCAGGGAUGGUUACGAAGCUGUGAGUGAUGCCAAAGGAAAACUUCAAACAUGUCGAGGUAAAACGACAACAAACUACUUUGAAACCACUUUAUCAGUUGAACUAAGCCUUCACACGGUUGGUCAUGUGAUUAACAAUCGGUAUUCUUUCCCAUGGAAUUUCAUGAUUUCAAGAAAUAUGAGGAUCAGGAUUCAUUCUGCCAGAAUACAGAUUUUCAGACGAAUGUCAGUGAAGGUGAAGAUUUUAUGACCAUUUGAAACCUUAACAAUUUCAUGCUUUCUCGUUCAGAAGAAAUACAUUUUCCAUGACUAUUUGUAGGUAAAUAAGUACAUAGUAUUGAUCAUCUUGCAAGACGGGAAGGGAAAAUUUUUAUAGCAGUUACAAUGUUAUAGCAGCUACAAAACAUAGGCAACGAUUUGAAUGAAAAUCAUGUAAGCGUUACUAGAGGAAAAAGCGUUUUCUUUCCAUACAAAUCCUCCUGCUUUGGAAAGUCUUUUUUUCCUUUGAUAGAAAGGCCAUGUUACUAUGGUCAUGAUCAAUAUUGUUGUCAUUAUUAUUAUUAUCCUAGUUAUUAUUAUUAUUAUUAUGCAAGAGAAAAUCGCACAUGUUUUAGCCAUAUUUGGAAUCAACUCAGUUUCCAAGACGCGAAAUCCUUUAUUUGCUUUAGCUGUCUAACAUGUCUCAAAUUAUUCCCAAAAAAACAAAAGGGAUAUGAAAGUGAACAUAGUUUGUGCUUUAGUGUACAGGUUUAGUUGAACUCGUGCUAUGAGCUAAUAAUUUUGCUAUCCUAUAUCUCGUAUUCUUUUCUGAACAAUUUUCAGACAAGGAUGAAUGCAGUAAUCCAAAAUUGAACAAAUGCAGUAAGGACACCACAUGCGUCAACCAGAUAGGAAGAUACAUUUGCAAGUGUGUUGUGGGAUAUGAGGCAGACAAGGGAAGUAAAGCUACCGCCAUAGACAUCAAGUGCAUCGGUAAGAACAUUAUUAUUUUUCAAGAAGUGUUAAUGAGACUGUCAAGCUUUAAGAUCACCAGUGAAAUGAACCACCAUGAUAUGGGUGUUGCAAUCAGUUAGAUUAGCGGGCAAUGUGAGACGUUUCGUUACAGCUUACACCAAAUUUGUCCAACAUGGGGGCUAUUCAUUAAGUCUUACUUUUAGAUAUAAAAUGACAAAGGGUGCAUGGAGAAUGGAGUUUGCAAAGACUUUGGAGUUUCGCACCUGUGUGAUUGUAAACAAGGUUAUCAUAUGA